AUUAUGUGAAAGUGAUCAUUUUUAUAAGUUCAGAGUUAUUGAUAAUCAAGAUUUUUAAUAGAAACUUGUGGAUGUUUCCUUUCCUUAUGAUUGACUUUUUUCCGUUUCUCCCAAGAUGUUUUGAUCAGAAAUGGGGAGAAGAGGGGGCUGGUUUUCUGCAGUGAAGAAAGCGAUCAGUUGUGAGCCCAAAGAAAAGAGAGAAAAGAAAAGCCGAAAGUCGGUGAGAUGGCUUGGAAAGGAGAGGAGCAUAGACUUGGAUUCUUCCAAAGCGGAAGAUACGGUGGUUGUUCGCCCAGCCCAUUCUCCGACGGAGGAUGUCAAGUUAAAAGAAGCUGAGAGUGAACAGAAUAGGCAUGCUUAUUCGGUUGCUCUUGUAACAGCCAUGGCUGCUGAGGCUGCAGUUGCUGCCGCACAUGCUGCUGCUGAGGUUGUCCGGUUGAGAGCUGCAGCCCGUAAUUCGGGUAAAACAAAGGAAGAGAUAGCUGCUAUCAAGAUUCAAACAGCUUUCCGAGGUUACUUGGCAAGGAGAGCAUUGAGGGCUUUGAGGGGUCUUGUGAGGCUAAAAUCAUUGAUUGGAGGGAAAUCCGCCAAACGUCAAUCAGCCGCCACCUUGAAGUGCAUGCAGACGCUGGCACGUGUGCAAUCCGAGAUUCGUGCAAGAAGACUCAGAAUGUCAGAUAAGAACUCAGCUAUGCAGCUACAAAUCCAGCAGAAACACGAAAAGGAACUUGAGAAGCUGCGAGUAUCGAUUGGAGAGAAUUGGGACGACAGCUUACAGUCUAAAGAGCAGAUUGAAGCAAAUCUUCAUAGUAGGCAAGAAGCUGCUAAGAGAAGGGAGAGGGCAUUGGCUUAUGCAUAUUCACAUCAGCAAACAUGGAGGAACUCUUCAAGUUCUGCAAACCAAACGUUCAUGGAUCCGAAUAAUCCCCGUUGGGGUUGGAGUUGGUUGGAGCGAUGGAUGGCCGCCCGGCCAUGGGAAAACAUAAGUGCAGCAGACAAAGAACUGAACAAUGACCUUGUUUCUCCAAGCAGCACCAUAAACCGUUCCUUUUCUGUUCUUGGAGAUGCCAAGAUUCACUCUCCAACUGCCAAGAAACAAAGCCGGCCCCCAAGCAGGCAAUCCCCUUCGACUCCCAAGUCGAAAGGUGCUGGUAGAAUAAGGCCACAGAGCCCAAGAGGAACCAUUGGCACAGAUGAGGAUUCAAAGAGCAUUAACAGCACUCAAUCAGAACGAUGUCGAAGGCACAGCACUGCCGGUUCAUCCCUGAGAGAUGACGAGAGCCUCGCAAGCUCAUCUACCGUCCCAAGCUACAUGGCAUCCACAGAAUCAGCAAGAGCUAAAUCGCGGUUAGGACUAGAUAAAGUCGGCACACCCGAAAAGUCGUCAGGUGGUUCUGCAAAGAAACGGCUCUCUUUCUCGAGUUCCCCUGUUGCGGGCCCUAGGAGGCAUUCCCUUCCCGCAAAGAUCGGUCCUUGUCCUAAUAACGGACGCUCGUAACAAACUAGACAUGUAUGGAGAGUAACACAUCGAAAGAGAUAUGCUGAAGAUGAACGCAAAGAAUCAAGAGAUGAACAUCAUCUGCCAAUUGAGGGAAGUGUUUUCUGGCUUAUUUAUUUUCAACUCGAGUUUUCUUCUUCGUCAAAUGAGUGUGGGUUCGAAAUGUUUGUGAAUAAGUUAGAGGUCGGCAUUGUGGUGAAACGUUUGUGACACUGGUGCUGUGUUUAUGUUGCCUUUCUCUUGUGUGCAUAUUGUAACUUUUUAUUUCUCUAACCUGUUUGUUGUUCUGA